AUGUCUCUCUCCUCUCAAGUUGCUGAUGAGCUGCGAACGCUUGUGGACAAUGCUGUCUCUGAUUCGAAUAGUAUCCCCGGGACGACAGUUGUGGUAGUAGACCGGAAUGGUGACCAAUUUGCUCAUUCUGCUGGUAAACGUGGGAUCUCGUCAAAAGAGUCCAUGGACCUUGAAAACGUCUACUGGAUCGCUUCCUGCACCAAGAUGGUGACUGGGAUAGCGUGUAUGCAAUUAGUGGAACGAGGACUUCUCAAACUGGAUGAUUCGAAUCAUCUUGAAAAGCUGUGUCCCGAGCUGGCAGAGGUGAAGGUUCUGAACUCUGAGGGAAAACUGGAGGAGAAGAAACGAGGAAUCACACUGCGCAUGCUGCUAACGCACACUGCUGGGUUCGGAUACACCUUUUUUGAUCCGAGACUUCGCGAGUGGAGUCUCCCAGCUGGGGUUGAGGAGUUCUCGGGCAGUAUUAGAGACAUGAUGCAACCCCUCGUUUUUCAGCCUGGCGAGAACUGGGAGUAUGGCAUUGGUAUCGACUGGGCCGGCAUUGCUCUAGAACGAGCCACGGGCACAACUCUGAAUGAAUACAUCCAGAAAAACAUCUGCCAACCGCUUGGGCUAAAAAACGUCAACAUGUUCCCAACGCCUUCAAUGAAGGAUCACCUGGCAUACAUGCACUACAAGAAGCCUGAUGGAAAGAUCAUCACUAGGGACCAUCCUAAUCAUCGUCCUCUGGUAGUCCAAUCAGAGGAGGAAGUUGCCGGCACCUUUAACAGUGGUGGAGCGGGAUUAUUCGCAAAGCCGCAGGAAUACGCGCGCAUCUUGGCUGUUUUCCUGAAUGAUGGAACUUGCCCCAUAACUAAAGCAAGCAUCUUGCAGAAGCAAACAGUAGAUGAGAUGUUUACAAAUCAGAUCCCAAAGUUCCCCAACUUUGGAAGGGCAGGAAUUCCGGAUGCAAAGCCGGAGUAUACCAAUCCCCUUGCUGACCUUUACCCUGUCCCCGGGAACCCCCCGCAGGGAUGGGGGUUGACGUUCAUGAUCACUGGUGGGCCAACGGGGCGGUCCGACAAGACGGCUUUCUGGGCAGGACUUCCAAAUCUCUUCUGGUGGUGUGAUAGGGAAAAUGGUGUCGCUGGAAUGAUUUGCUCUCAAAUUCUGCCCUUCGGUGAUUCAUCUGUGAUGGGUCUAUGGGCUCAAGUUGAGACAGCGAUAUACAAGGCACUUGGAAACUAG